UAAUUAAGAGUGGUUUUCGGACAAACUGCCACAGCUAGCAAAGCUGCCAGCUACUGCGCCAAGGCCGUCGGGGAGCGCGGCGGCCGCCUCGCGCGACCGUCAGCGCGCGGGAACCCCAGUCGGUGUCCGUGCAGCGGGAAUGGUCCCGCAAGACCCGCCCCCGCAAGCCCCGCCCCAUCAGGUCGUGCUGCCUCCUCCCCCUACACAGACCUUAAAAACCAGAGAAGUGGGAUGGCGCAUUCUGACUCUCUGGGGUGACUGUGUGCAAACGGAAUACACCUCUGCAACUCAAGCUGUCCGAGCCGCGCGGGGGGCGUGAGGGCUGGGUAUUUAUUCCACUCGACCCCCAGUCUUAAUCCCCACGCUGUGAGAAAACCCCGACUUUGCCAAGGCCCCAAGGUGCAGCGCCGCUGGACAAAGGAGGCACUGUCCUCCGUUCCCAUCCCAAUCCAAGCACCCCUGCCUCUGACGACGCCUAGAGACUCCAGAGUGGGCGCUAAAGCUCCCAAAGCUGGUAGCAGGUGUCCAGGGCGGGCUCCGACUUCCUCGGGACACCGUGGUUGACGUUUUGCCCUGCACAAAGGCCCCAGCCGGCUUUCGGAGCCCGCAGUCCCGUGCCGCUGGAAACUGCGUCUCCUCGCAGCAUGGCCACCAACUUCAGCCCGGACGAUCCUCUGCCGCCGGGCCCGCUGUCGGCCCAGCAGACCACGCUCCUGCUGUUCCUCUCAGUGCUGGCCGCGGUGCAUGUGGGCCAGUGGUUGAGGCUGCGGCGGCGGCAGCCGGGGUCCGCGCCCCCCGGCCCCUUUGCGUGGCCGCUGAUCGGAAACGCCGCAGCUCUGGGCCCGGCGCCGCACCUCGCUUUCGCGCGUCUGGCGCGGCGCUACGGCGACGUCUUCCAGAUCCGCCUGGGCAGCUGCCGGGUGGUGGUGCUGAACGGCGAGCGCGCCAUCCGCCAGGCCCUGGUGCAGCAGAGCGCCGCCUUCGCGGACCGGCCUCCCUUCGCCUCUUUCCGCGUGGUGUCGGGCGGCCGCAGCCUGGCUUUCGGCCAGUAUUCCCAGCUCUGGAAGGUGCAGCGGCGCGCGGCGCACAGCACCAUGCGAGCCUUCUCCGCUCGCCAGCCGCACAGCCGCCGCGUCCUCGAGGGCCAUGUGCUGGGCGAGGCGCGCGAGUUGGUGGAGCUGCUGGUGCGCGGCAGCGCGGGGGGCGCCUUCCUGGACCCGCGGCCACUGACCGUGGUGGCCGUGGCCAACGUCAUGAGCGCCGUGUGCUUCGGCUGCCGUUUCAGCCACGACGACGCCGAGUUCCGCGAGCUGCUCAGCCACAACGAGGAGUUUGGGCGCACCGUGGGCGCGGGCAGCCUGGUGGACGUGCUGCCCUGGCUGCAGCGCUUCCCCAACCCUGUGCGCACGGCGUUCCGCGAAUUCGAGCAGCUCAACCGCAACUUCAGCAACUUUGUCCUGGACAAGUUCCUGAGGCACCGCGAAAGCCUACGGCCCGAGGCCGACCCCCGCGACCUGAUGGACGCCUUCAUCCUCUCGGCGGGAAAAAUGGUGGCAGACGGCUCGGGCGACGGCGGCGCGCGGCUGGACGUGGAGUACGUGCCGGCCACUGUCACUGACAUCUUUGGCGCCAGCCAGGAUACUCUCUCCACCGCGCUGCAGUGGCUGCUCAUCUUGUUCACCAGAUACCCUGCAGUGCAGGCUCAGGUACAGGCAGAAGUGGAUCAGGUCGUGGGGAGAGAGCGUCUACCCUGCUUGGACGACCAGCCCAAGCUGCCCUACGUCAUGGCCUUUUUUUAUGAAGCCAUGCGCUUCUCCAGCUUUGUGCCCGUUACCAUUCCUCAUUCCACUACUGCCAGUGCCUCUGUCUUGGGCUACCACAUUCCCAAGGACACAGUGGUUUUCGUUAACCAGUGGUCCGUGAACCAUGACCCAGUGAAGUGGCCUAACCCAGAUGACUUUGAUCCAGCCCGGUUCCUGGACAACAAUGGCCUCAUCAACAAGGACCUGGCCAGCAGCGUCAUGAUUUUUUCAGUGGGCAAACGGCGGUGCAUCGGGGAAGAGCUUUCCAAGGUGCAGCUGUUUCUCUUCAUCUCCAUCCUGGCCCAUCAGUGCAAUUUCAAGGCCAAUCCAGACGAGCCCUCGAAAAUGGAUUUUAAUUAUGGCCUGAGCAUUAAACCCAAGCCAUUUAAAGUCAACGUGACCCUCAGAGAGUCCAUGGAGCUCCUUGAUAGUGCUGUCCAAAAGUUCCAAGCUGGGGAAGACUGCCAGUAGGAAACUAGAAGCGAGCUGACAUGGUAGAAAUGGAGUAAAAUUUGGGGGAUGGGGAGUAACAUUUUCUAGCCCCUCUGUGCCACUUUCUCAAUUUGCCUUAGAGGUGAGCAUAAACCAACUGACCCACAGAUGAUGUGUUUCACACACAUGUGCUCAGAUGAGCACUGGGCUAGGCAGGAGCUCCAGGAAGAUUUUUUGAGGCAGCAUUAAAGGGCCCAAAGAAUUUUUAUAUAUAUCUCAAAUGUUGGUAAUAAUAAUUUCUCAAGGGAGCAUUCUUUGGAGUUAAAACACACAUGCAUGCACACACAAAACUAUCCAAUGAGGAAAUACUUCAGUAACCAUGCAUUCAUGGGUGGGAUCCAAGAUUGAUGUUCCUUGUACAGAAAUCUGUUCCAUGGAAAACUAUAUUAAGCAAAGUUUCAGAAUAUAUUGUCAAACAUGCAAAGGCAAAUAAUUUCAGUGUAAGACAUAUGAUUGAGGGUGAUAAGGAAAAAGGUAAGGACCAGACAUUCCCUUCUUACCUUUUCAAUAAAAUAGGCUCUAGUAUCUAUGGAGGGACUUAUCUUUUUGCCAAUUGGUAUGCUUUCUCUUACUUUUUUGCAUGAGUCAAAUGGUCAUUUUGCUCAAAAAGAAAUUAAUAGUAGAAGAUUUAGUGAUUAUAGUGGGUUUCAGUGAUUUACCAUGAAUUUUAAAGUGUAAGUUGCUAAACUGUAAAAAUUCCAAACUGAAGUCAUAUCUGUCUUUGUUGCCAAAGUACAGAAUUUCAAUUAUGAGCAAAAGAAGAAGAAAAAAAGAUUUAACAGCCCAGCUAAGCUUUAAAUUAUGUGACUGUAGUGCACUGAUUUCAUUAAGUCUUGUAGGUUAAAAAUAAAGUCACUAAAUAAUAAUCAAUAUGUAUACAUAUAUAAUUAUUCAUAAGCAGUAUGUAUUAGGUAUUGCAUUAAAUAGUAUUAAUUAUUUUAGUCAAGCAAAGUUUGGAAAAGUGUAUGCCUUUUAUAAUGUCAUAGCAAAUCAUAUAGUACAACCAAUUCAACUAAUUUUGGGCUCAAAUACAUGAAAUGAGCUUGAUUAAAUCAAUUAUAUACAUACAUAUUUUUGACAUGGAAACUAAGUAGAAGCAUACUGCUAUCAUCCAAAACAAACGAAAACUGAAAAAUCUCAAAAUUGGAUCUGUAAGAUGUGUUCCUUAUUACUUUGCAACACAUUUAUUAAAAUUAUAUUCAUAAUACAGAAUCUCCUUUUGAAAUUGAUCUGGUUAGUAUGUUAUGAUUUCAAGCUUUUGGCAUGCUUAAAUUUUAAUUGUAAAUUCUGAUAAUCGACUUCUAGUUGAAGUUACUGGGAAUCUGACCGUUAGCCUGUGGAAGGCAGGGAAAUUUAACCUGUGUCUGCCUGAUGAAAAACGAAAAAUUCAGUGACUUAUCUGGAUGUUCUCUUUAUUAGGUAUCAAGGGGGGAAAUUUCCUUUACAGGAGGCCUAGUUUCUCUUUCAAAUGGUUUUUAAAAAGUAACGUUGUGUUUUGGAAAGUCAGAAUCAGACGGUAGUCUUAGGAGUGUUUUGAGGAUUGCACUGUGUUCCUGUGGAGCUGAUCAGAUGGGUUGUGCCGUUUAGGAUGGUCAAGCCAGCGAGCAGUCACUUUGCUAACUGUGAAAUCGUAAAGCUCAAACAAAAUAUACAUUCAGUUUAUCUAAAUAAUCUGAAAACCUUACAAAAAUGCGAUGAAAGAUUGCAGAGGUACAAAGUGAAGUUGGAAGUUUUAACUUUCACAGCACAUAAACCUCCAAAGGAAGUGAGCUUACUGCUUGUUACAUUUUAUUAAAAUGAUUUUGGGAAUCUUUUCGUCAAAAUUAUAAAGGAAAGUACAUGAUGGUUGCAUCGGGGGGUGGUAGGAGAAAAGAGGGAAAAAUUAAAAGGAAGAAACAUGAUUAAGCAUUUCCCCCAUCAAUUACAAAUUCAUUAGUUUGAAGCAGGGACAUUUAGAAAAAAGAUGUUUCAUGUGCUAAUGUUAAAUCCCAAGUGGCCUUUCUUUUUGAAGAUCAGCAACACAGAAGAUCUAUUUUGUAAUCUGGGAUUUUUACAUUAAACAUUUCAUAUAAUUUUAAUUAUAAAGUCUCAUAGCUGCACCUCUCGAAUGUGGAAAACUGUUUGUACCAGUAUUUUUAAAGGCACUAAAGUCAACUAUAGAAAGCAGGCUUACCCAAUGCAUUUAAACUUUUUGGCACUGGCUAUUCCAAAACAUUACCUCCCUGUCCCCCAGUUGUGCUGAGACAGUGAUUUGGGGCUGCCCUAGCAUAUUUGCUUUGAGAGAUGUGUGGCAGCAAAAGUAAUCAUGUACCAAUCAGGACGCCUCAUUAAGUGAACCAGGUCCAGAUGUGCUAAAAUCUGUUUUUAUGCACAUAGGCUCAGUUCCUCUGGUGUUUUUGGCAAUUGGAAAGCUGUGCUUAUAUAGAGGAAAGUAAAGUGGGCACUUGGCAGUUACCUGGUUUAUUUAAUAUAUUUAUAAUCUAUUAAAGGAAAGAAAGCAAAAGCAAAACCAAACAAAAAUAACCAAAUUUGAGGGCUCCAGUAACUGGAUUACUGGCUUAAUCAGAAAACCUCAUUUUAUUUGUGUCAGAGAAAGACUGUAUUCGCUGGUCACCAUUAGAGUCAGAACAUCUACUCUAGGUUAUUGUAAUAAAGUAUAUUGUUUAUUAAAUACUUCUUUAUAUAUUAAACCUUUGACUUUGUAAGAAAAUUGCUUUUGCCCAAAACAAAAGAUGUCUCAGGUUUGUUUCAUGGAUUAUCUGAAAGCUUUUAUGUCUCAGAACUUAGCCUUUACCUGUGAAAUAUUAUUAAUUGCCUUAAUAUUUCAUAUUAGAUCUAUAUUAGAUCAAAUAGUUACAUAGCAUUAUAUAUUAAUUUGUAUGCUUUUAGCUAUAAUACAGCUGUGAUGGAAAGGUAUUCUUUAGAUUUGUUUAACUCAUUUAUCAAGAUGAACUCUCUAACUUUUUCUUGCAUUUUAUCAUAUAUUCUUUUAACAUGUAUAUAGCAACUAUAAUACAUAGUUGCAACUGAAACAGAUUUGGGGACACAGCAUUAAUAUGUAACUUUUGUUCUUUAAUAUGCCAAAUUAAAAAAAUUCUGUAUCUAUAGUUACCUAUACACAAUUACCAAAACUGUAUCUGUAUUUACAGGACACCAUUACCAAAAUAAUAAAAGUCACUUUCAUAA